AUGAGCGAUAAUGAUUCAAAUACUUUAGAGCAAAAUGAUGAUAAUAAUGAAAAUUAUAUUAGUCAACAAAUAUACGAAACACCCGAUUUUGAUCAAAAUGUUUCACAAAAUCCAAAUGACUUGCCAAAUACAACUCCACAAUCAUCUGACGUUAUCAGCCAAAGACGAACAAGUUUACAUCCAUUAGAAGAAGUAGAACUUAAUAGAAGAAUUAAAAGGAAAAGGACCUCGUCUGCUCAUAUAGCGCAACCGUUAUCUACAGAUGAAAACAAUAAUGAGGAUAAUCAAAGUCAACGAUUACCACAACAGCCUAUAGCCGAUAAUAAAAAUACGCUUAAUAUAAGGAUGUCCUCGUUGUCGUUUGAAGGUUAUAGUUCAGUGACUUCAGAUGAUAGCAGAUAUUUGGAUAGUCGUCGUGCAAAUGAAAAAUGGAAAGCUCUAAUAGUGUUUAUGUACACUGAACCAUCAAUAAUGUUUUAUUCAAACGUUUUUUUAAUGAUAUUUUCAAUUAUUUUAAUGAAAACAUCUGACAAAUUUAUAUCAAAUUUGGAUAUCACAAGAACGUUUCUCAAUUUAGAAUCAAAUAAGACAAUAUUUUUAUGCUUAUACAGCGGCUUUUUAAUGAUUUUGUCGUGUAUAUGUGCAUUAUAUAGUGCUUUAACUAUACGUAAACAACUUUGCUAUUGUAUUAGUGGUGUUAUGAUAAUCAGUGCAAUAUUUCAGCUUGGACUUGGAAUAAUAAUAAUCAACAGAAAAAUUGAUCAAGAAACUAUGGUAAAAAAAGAAAUGAAAUUAAGUUUUUUAAGUUAUGACAUUCAAUUAGAUGUCACACAACGUUGGAAUUCAUUUCAGUCUGAAUUUUCAUGUUGCGGAUUAUAUGGUGGAAAUAGUUAUAAAGCAAAACAUUUAGCAAUACCAGUAUCAUGUUUUAAAGAUCAGUCAACCUUUAAAUAUCAUGCUGAAAUAAAUAAUUGUCAUAUGGGCUGUUUUGAAUUAGUGAAAAAACUUGAGGAAAAAUUUUUGGAUCCAGUCAUCAUCCUAACGUUUUUUUGCUCGUUUCUACAAAUGUCAAAUGCUAUUUUGAUUUUGAAUUUGUUGAGACCUAAACCAAAACCAAGAAGAUACCACAUUGUUUAUAGAAGAACUUUUAACAUAUUCUAACAAAUUAAAAAAAAAAAAAAAAGUUGUUUGUUAAUAUGUUC